AUGGGCGAACAGAAACUCACGUCGCUAAUCGAUAGUUCGACCCUGAACUUGAACGAUGUUGGCUCUACACAGCAGGACGAUGUCUUUCUGUGCACACAAUUACAGUACCUAAGCUCAAGACACGGUCGACAAUUAGAAAGGACUCACAGAAAUAUUCGCACCGCGGUCGAGUAUCUGAAAGGCAAGAGAGCAGCACGAAAAUUCGUGAAGGCAUGUUGGCAGAGGGCAUUGGCCAUCUCCCCGCAAGCUUUCAUGUUCCUGAGUGGAUCAUUCACCCAUCACCACCUUCUGAGGAGAGGACAAUACGCCUGUCAACAACUGAUCGAUCUCCUGAAGCGAAAUCAGAGCAUGAUUGAUCAGCACUCAAAGUUAUCAUCUCUCAGUGCACAGUUUCUGAAUGACCUCAAACAGCUAGCUCAGGCUGACAUUUCCGAAAAUCCAAAAUCCUCCCGCAGUUUACGUCGACCAGCACCCCAAACAGAGAAGGCCACAAGGGCUCAAGAAGAGCUGUUGGUGCCAUACAAGCCACCUACACAUGAUGAUGAGCCUGCUGUUUCACCAUGGCUGGACUACUUCCGCAAGGAGCCAGCAUUUCUGAUACAUCUGGACCUUGCUUUUGACCACUCGAAGCUGGGACUGCUGACCUCGGCCACGGAAGACCUGCAUACUUUAUGGAGAACACACACAACAGGUCUACCGACGAUCGUGCCGGCAGCGGCAUGCUGGCGGGGAGAGCCUCCAACAUUUGAACAGCUCUGGGUCGAAACGUCGAAGAUCAAAGUAAACGGAGUGUUUUGA